AUGCCUAAACAUGAAAAGCCAACUGCCAUUGAAGGAAAUGAUGACAGUGAUGUUGACAAUGAAGAAGGCAGUGCAGCUGAGAAUGAAGAAAAUGUCAAAGGAACAGGCAAAGGAGGGAAGAGAGCAACACCAAGAACCAGAAGGGGACAUGCCAGAGGGAGAGUCAGGCAUGGUGGUGAAGAGGAUGAGGAUGAUGAAGAUGGGACAAGAAGAGCUGGGCAUCGCAGGCAUAGAAACCGUAGAGGACGGGGACGAGGAGCUGGAAAUGAGGGAAGUGAUUCUGAUGGGGACACUGCGAAAGCCAGGAAGAACCAGGCAAAUCAGAAGUCCAAGGAAGAUGAUGAAGAAGAGGAAGAUGAGAAAGGGGGUAAAACUGUGAAAGGCAAAAAUGAGAAGAAACAAGACAAAAAGCCUGAUAAGAAAGGGAAAAAAGAGAAGGCCAACAAGAAGAAGAAAGACAAAAAGAAAUCAGGAUCUGGCUCUGAUUCUGACUCGGAGGAGGAGCCGAUCACGGAGGAGGAAUUGGCCAAGCUGAAAGAAGAGGUAGAAGAAAAAAAGAAACUAAUUGCUACACUACGGAACAAACCAUGGAAAAUGAAAAAGAAGUUGUCUGUCCUGAAGGAAGCCCAGCUUUUUGUUGAAAAGUUUGAAGGUGCUCUUGGAAAAGGAAAAGGAAAAAAAUUCUAUGCGUACAAAGUGAUGAUGACCAAGAAAUGGAUGAAAUUUCAAAGAGAUUUUGAGAAUUUUAAGACAGCCUGCAUACCCUGGGAAAUGAAAAUUAAGGAGAUUGAAAGUCACUUUGGCUCGUCAGUAGCAUCUUAUUUCAUAUUCUUGCGCUGGAUGUAUGGUAUAAACAUGAUUCUUUUUGGACUGACCUUUGGACUUGUAAUGGUGCCUGAGGCUUUGAUGGGGAAGCCAUAUGGCUCUUUACCUAGAAAAACUGUCCCAAGAGCUGAAGAAGCAAGUGCUAUGAACUUUGCUACUCUCUGGGAUUUUAGUGGCUUUGCACAGUAUUCUGUACUGUUUUAUGGUUAUUACAAUAACCAGAGGACAAUUGGAUGGCUCAAGUUCAGGAUGCCUCUUUCAUAUUUCCUUGUUGGAGUUGGGACUAUUGGCUACAGCUUUAUGAUUGUCAUUCGAACAAUGGCAAGGAAUGCAAAUGAAGAAGGUGGUGGGGAUGAUACUAGUUUUAAUUUCAGCUGGAAAAUGUUCACGAGCUGGGACUACCUGAUUGGCAAUCCUGAGACAGCAGAUAAUAAGUUUGCCUCCAUCACAACAAGCUUUAAGGAAGCUAUUGUGGAGGAGCAGGAGAGCCGAAAAGAGGAAAAUAUUCACUUGACUCGAUUCCUGAGGGUUCUUGCUAACUUCUUAGCCCUAUGCACGCUUGCUGGGAGUGGCUACCUCAUCUUUUUUGUUGUCAGAAGAUCCCAGAAAUUUGCCCUGGAAGGUCUGGAGAACUACGGGUGGUGGGAAAGAAAUGAAGUUCGUGCUAGCACAUUUCUAAAAUAG